CACCAUUGACCGCCUUGGACAUGAACGAAGAAACCUUGAAGUUAUCCGGCCAAUCUUACCUGUUGGUAUCCAUACCCCAGAAUAUCUGGUUGUGCACCAGGGAAUGGAUCUACUGUUAGACUGCAAGCUUGACUACCAAGAACACAUUCAAAUGCAUAACAUCAAGCUAGAAUGGUUGUACAUCCCUACUGGUUCAAAUGAAGAGAAUCAGAUAUUCUUUUUCUAUCAAAACGUCAGUACGGUGGCACAGGACAGUAAGUUUACUCAAAGGUUGAAGUGGGAGGGUGACAUCAUGAAAAAAAACGCCUCCAUUCUCAUAAGUGACGUGAACUGUACUGACGACGGCGAAUUCAUCUGUGAUUUGAGGAUCCCCAGAUUUUCCAACAAUGUCUAUAGAAGCAAGACACGUUUAAUAGUUUUCUGCGAAGACAGUAGGGGUUUACGAGCCUUGAGCAUUCCCAGUUCCAAGGAAGGGAUAACAAAGAAUGUUAUCAUAUAUAUAUCAGCUGGGAUUUUCACCAUCUUCAUUGCAUUCUCUGUACUCCUAGUAAUUAUAUGGAAAUAUUCAUCACGUACAGCACCAAGAAAUGAAAGUAUCAGUGAUUCACCAGGAUGGAAUGAGGCAAGUGCCCCUGAAAAUGUUAAGGAAACAGGUGGUUAUUUAACUGUGAACCGGCAACUGACACAUCAGAACGACAGAAAAAGGACAUCUGUGGAGGAAAGGCAAAAUAAGGAAACAAAAAAAGAUGAAGAUGAAACCUAUGUAACGAUGCAUGCAUUCUCAGGAACCUGGAAAACAAAUGGCCAGUCUCCUAACCCAGUCAAACAACAAUGAUACAGCAGGGAUAUACCCAACAGGUCUAGGGUUGGUCCCUGAUGUCUUUCGUUUUGAUAGUUGGAACUUUGAGGCACUCAUCACUCAUGAUUUUAGUAACACAGGAAAGCUAUCAACAAUUCUUCAAAAACACUUUUGCUAGGAAUAGCUUGACACAUUUAUUUCUUGGCACACUGAUUCAAACUUACUUGGCUUUAUUGCCUGCAGAAGAAGAAAAACACCUCUGGGUCCAAUUUUUACAAACUUCAACCAUGGUGCCUUCAAAGGUAUUCUUAAAAACUGUCAAAAAUUAGUUCUUUCAUUGUAUAAAUAUAAGAGAUUCUGCAGAUGCUGUAAAUCCAGAGUUACAUACACAAAAUGCGGGAGAAACUCAGCAGGUCAGGCAACAUGGAAAUGAACAAAGAGUCAAUGUUUUGGGCUGAGACCCUUCAUCAGGACUGGAGAGGAAGGGGGACGAUGCCAGAAUAAGAAGUUGGGAGGAGAGGAAGGAGUACAUGCUAGAACAUGGUAGGUGAAGCCAGGUGAGGAGGAAGGUAGGUGG